AUGUCAUCAUAUAGAGAACAAGGUGGUCAAUAUUUUAAACAAGGAGAUUUUACAAGAGCACUUCAAAUGUAUAAUAGGGCUAUUUUAGAAGAACCAGAACAAGCUGUUCAUUAUUCAAAUCGUUCUAUUUGUUAUAUUAAAUUAGAAUGUUAUAAAGCAGCUAUUUCAGAUGCAGAAAGAUGUGUUGAAAUUGAUCCAAAUUUUGUUAAAGGAUAUUAUAGACAAGCAUCUGCAUUUGCAGCAUUAGGACAAUUACAAGAAGCUAUUUCAGCAUGUGAGAAAGCAAAAAAAUUAGCACCUAAAGAUAAUAUGAUUAAUUCAAUGUUAAAAGGAUUAAAAGAAAAAAGAAGAGAACAAUUAUUUUUUGAAGCUAUUUCAGUAGAAGAAGAAAAACAAACUAUAUCAUGGAGAGAUAUUGAUGCAUCAACAUCAAUAUUAAAAAUUGAAGAUGAUAAACCAAUUACAAAAGAAAUUGUUCAAGAAAUUUAUGAAACUAUGAAAUCAAAUUGUCAAUAUGGAAAAUGUGGAAUUCAUUUAAAAUAUUGUCUUAGAAUUAUUGAAGAAGCAAAUGAAAUUUUAAAGAAGAGAAAUGUAUUAGAAGAAAUUAAUACACAAGGAAAAAAAAUGACAAUUGUAGGAGAUGUUCAUGGACAAUUUUUUGAUUUAAUUCAUUUAUUUGAAAUAAAUGGAUUACCAUCUGAAGAUAAUGUUUAUCUUUUUAAUGGUGAUUUUGUAGAUAGAGGAAGUUUUGGAGUAGAAUGUGUUUUAACAUUAUUUUCAUUUAUGAUUAUUUAUCCAAAUUCAGUUUUUCUUGCACGUGGAAAUCAUGAAACUCGUGCAAUGAAUUCAAUGUAUGGAUUUGAAGGAGAAGUAAAAACUAAAUAUAAUGAAAAUGUUUAUCUUGCAUUUUCUGAUGUUUUUAUGCAACUUCCUUAUUGUCAUGUCAUUGAUUCUAAAGUAUUUGUUGUUCAUGGUGGUAUUCCACCAAUGUACAUUUCAUUAGAUGAUAUUAAAAAGAUUAAAAGAGGUUGUGAUCCACAAGAAGGUUCUAUUGCAUCUGCUCUUCUUUGGGCUGAUCCACAAACUUCAAAUGGAUCAUCUCCUAGUAUUCGUGGUUGUGGUAAAUCAUUUGGACCUGAUAUAACACAUAAUUUCCUUGAUGGAAAUAAUCUUCAAUAUAUAGUUAGAAGUCAUGAAAUGAAGAUGAAUGGAUAUGAAUGGGGAGCUGAAGGUCGUUUAAUUACUGUAUUUAGUGCACCUAAUUACUGUGAUCAAAUGAAUAAUAAAGGAGCAUAUAUUCAUGUCAUUACAGAGAACAAAGAAUCUAAUGUUGUCUGUAAAUUAGAACCUCUUACUUUUGAAGCUUCUCAACAUCCAAAUAUUCCAGCAAUGGCUUAUGCUUCAUUUAGAGGUGUUUUCUAA